UGUCGUGGAGACGGAAGGCUGCCCGGGCGCUGUUCUCUCUCUCCUUCUCUCCGGGCUGAUCACUAAGACGCUGACCGCAGGGAGGCUGAUCCUUAUGGCAAGAGCCGCAGCCACAGGUGGUCAUGCUGUUCUCUUUGUUCUCCUGCGCCGUGGGGUUCUCCCUCCUGCCGCUCGUCCUGUUUCCGUGCCCUGCCCAGGCCUGCCCCGCCCGUUGUGAGUGCUCCGUGCCAACGCGCUCCGUCUCGUGCCACCGCAAGCGGCUGGCACAGGUGCCCGAGGGCAUCCCCAUUGAGACGAGGGUGCUGGAUCUGAGCAAGAACCGCCUACGCAUCGUCACUCCGCAGAACUUCUCCUCGCUGCUGCUGCUGGAGGAGCUGGAUCUGAGUAACAACUUGCUGUCGUCAGUGGAACCUGGCAGCUUCCGGGCGCAGCCUCGCCUUCGCACGCUGCGCCUGCGUGCUAACCAGCUGACUCUGCUGCCACGGGGUGCUCUGGCCGGCCUGGGUGAGUUGACCCUGCUGGACGUGAGCCAGAACCGGCUAGUCAUCCUACUGGACUACGGCUUUGAAGAGCAGCGGCGGCUGCGUGUGCUAGAGCUAGCUGACAACGAGCUGGUGUUCAUCGCGCCACGGGCCUUCAGCGGCCUUCCAGCCCUGCGCUCGCUCACCCUGCAACGCUGCAACCUGAGUGCUGUACCUGGCCAUGCCUUGGCCCACCUGCAUGGUCUGACCAGUCUGCGCUUGCGAGAGCUGAACAUCAGUGAGUUGCCACCGCAUGCCUUCAAGGGUCUAGGCCGCCUGCGCUACCUGGAGGUUGAUCACUGGCCAUCCCUGGAGGGGGUACCCAGCCCGGCCUUGCAGGGGCUCAACCUGAGCUCACUUUUCAUCACUCACACCAACCUGUUGGCAGCACCAUCCCUGAGCCACCUGCCCUACCUAACCCACCUCAACCUGUCGUACAGCCGCCUGAGGGUGCUACCAGCCGGGUGGCUCCGUGGGAUGGACCGGCUGGAGGUGGUGCGCGUGCGCCAGGCACAGUUAAAUCGUGUGGAGCCUCAGGCCUUCCAGGGGGCGCUGUCCUUGCGUCUUCUUGACCUCUGCCACAACCGCCUGGCAACACUGGAACGGGCUGUCCUGCCCACUUCUAUGGCCUUGCAGAGUCUCCUGAUUGGUCAGAACCCCUUGGUGUGUGACUGCCGUCUUCGCUGGUUGCUGCAAAGGACUCCACCCCUUCUGUAUGGAGAUGUGGAGCCUCAGUGCAGUGCCCCCACUGCCCUGGCUGGUAAACCCUUCGGCAGCAUAAUGGAACCACUGCUUUCUCGCUACGUCAUCUGCACCAAGCCAAGGGUCAUUUCCAUGUCCACACACCCAACCCAGGCUGAGGAGGGCCAGAGGGCCUGGCUGUACUGUGCAGCAGAAGGAGCCCCAUCCCCUUCUGUCUCUUGGCUGACGCCACACAGGCGCCACAUCACCACUAAGAGCACAGGCAGGGUAGUCGCCCAUGGCAACGGCUCACUGGAGUUCCGGGUGGCUGAGCCCCAGGACAGCGGCGUUUAUGUAUGUGUGGCAUCCAACCCAGCAGGUAACGCCACUCUAUCUAUAACGUUGGCUGUCAAAAGCCUGGGCAUCAGGGACGGCGCCCUCUAUGCCAACCGCAGCUUCCUUUUUGACCCCGAUUACAACAGCUCCCUCAUCAACGGCACAGAGCGCUACACCAUCCGGAUGGUGCUGGACUUCACCACCAUCCUGGUCUCCACAGCCAUGGGCUGCCUCAGCUUCCUAGGCGUGGUCCUCUUCUGCUUUUUGCUGCUGUUUGCCUGGAGCCGGGGCAAAGGCAAGCACAGAGGCAGCGUGGACAUUCAGUAUGUCCCCCGCAAGAGGAAAGGAGCCAACAGCGAGCUCACAGAGACCAGUGGCCCCAGACGGGUCAACAUGAAGAUGAUCUAAAAGCUGAACGGUUCUGAAAAAAGGGGAAAAGUCAAAUGACAUGUGAGCGCGCGCGCGCGAGAGAGAGAGAGAGACUUGUGACAGUGAUACUGUAGCUAGUAGAUGUUGGGAAGAUAAGCACAUAACAUUUCGGUUAGAGUUGUGUGCUUUAGUGUGAAUGUAUGUAUGCGUGUGUAUAGAAAUAUACUAUAUGAGUUCAUGGGCAUGUGUGUGUGUGCCUGUAUUACAAGGAUGUAUUCAAUUGUGAGAGUUUACACAUGCUAUACAAACAGAAUCACUUAUCCAAAAAAAGUAUUUGCGCGUCUUCUGCGAUGCUUUGUCUCUGGACAGCAUUGUUUGGACAGUGCAGACGUGUGCAGAGGUCAAGUCGUUGUAUAAAGCUCAUAUUUGUGAGGGAAAAAGUAGUCUAUUUAUAUACAUAUAUUUUAAGUUCCAUUAUUAUUAACCUUCAAACCGCUGCAAAAACUCAAGUCGUCUUCCCCAGCAAGCAAAGUAUCUACUGGAAAAAGCCUCAGCAGUGCUGUGUUGUGAAGUGUUUGGUUUUCGCUCCGAAUCGCUGUUCUCUCCUGGGAGAUCCUCUAGUUAGCAGAGCCUCUGGGGGAAGCAGAGAGUCGUCUGCCAUUUCGUCGUGAAGAUGUUACAAUGUGAGGGCUUAUUUGACAUGGUGGGUUCCGGGGGCUGUGUUUGUGACUCAGUGGAAAUCUGUGAAAAUGUUUCUUUUUUUUUUUUGAUGGUCUGUCAAAUGCUGCUCAAAUGUUUUUACAUAAUAAAUAUCUCGGUAUAUUUUCCAAAGAAAAUAAAUAUGAAUCAUAUAGCUUGAUUGUUGUUAACAUUA